UUCUUGAGGGUAACAUUUCUAUGGGACAAUAAAAGAAGACUUAGGAAUAACUGAAAUCAUAAAAUUCGCAAUGGUGAUUUUUGAAGACUCUGGAUCUGCUGAUUUUAGAAGAUGGCUUGUCCAUUUGAGUUCCAUCACAAUUGCUGUGGUCUCACUUCUCAGUGCCUUUUUCAUCCCUACCUCUGUUGAAGGAACAGAAAAAGAGCUGAGACUAAUGGCUGGUGAAAACAACUGCAGUGGGAGAGUGGAAGUGAAAAUCCAGGAGGAGUGGGGAACAGUGUGCAACCAUGGCUGGAGCAUAAAUGAGGUCUCUGUGAUUUGUAGUCAACUGGGAUGUCCAACUACCAUCAAAGCCACUGGCUGGGUUAAUUCCACUGCUGGUUCUGGGCGCAUUUGGAUGGAUCAUGUCUCCUGUAGAGGGAAUGAGUCAGCUCUUUGGGAUUGCAAACAUGAUGGAUGGGGAAAGCAUAACUGUACUCACCAACAAGAUGCUGGGGUUACCUGCUCAGAUGGAUCCAAUUUGGAAAUGAGACUCAUGAAUGGGGGCAACCGGUGUUCAGGAAGAAUAGAGGUCAAGUUCCAAGGACAGUGGGGAACAGUAUGUGAUGAUGGCUUCAACCUCGAACACGCUUCUGUGGUUUGUAAACAACUGGGAUGUGGAAGUGCUGUCAGUUUCUCUGGUUCAGCUCAUUUUGGAGAAAGUUCUGGACCAAUCUGGUUUGAUGACCUUGUAUGCAAUGGAACUGAGUCAGCUCUCUGGAACUGCAGACACCAAGGAUGGGGGAAGCAUAACUGUGAUCAUGCUGAGGAUGUUGGAGUGAUUUGCUUAGAUGGAGCAGAUCUAGGCCUGAGACUGGUAGAUGGAGUCACUAAAUGCUCAGGAAGAUUGGAAGUGAAAUUUCAAGGAGAAUGGGGGACAGUGUGUGAUGACAACUGGGAUAAUAAUGACGCUGCUGUAGUGUGUAAGCAACUGGGGUGUCCAACUGCCAUCACUGCCACUGGUCGAGUUAAUGCCAGUGAGGGAUCUGGAAAUAUUUGGCUUGACAGUGUUUCCUGCCAUGGACAUGAAUCUUCUCUCUGGCAGUGUAGACAUCAUGAAUGGGGAAAGCAUUAUUGCACUCAUAAGGAAGAUGCUGGUGUGACAUGUUCUGAUGGAUCAGAUCUGGAGCUGAGACUUAUAGGUGGAGGUAGCCGCUGUGCUGGGACAGUAGAGGUGGAAAUUCAGAAACUGUUAGGGAAGGUGUGUGGUAGACUUUGGACAUUGAAUGAAGCUAAUGUGGUUUGUAGACAGCUGGGAUGUGGAUCUGCACUUCAAACAUCUUUUCAAAUGUAUUCCAAAAUUAAACCAACAAACACAUGGCUGUUUGUAAGUAGCUGUAGUGGAAAUGAAACUUCUCUUUGGGACUGCAAGAAUUGGCAAUGGGGUGGACUUCUCUGUGACCACAAUGAAGAAGCCCAAAUUACCUGCUCAGCCCACAGGGAACCCAGACUGGUUGGAGGAGAUGUUCCCUGUUCUGGUCGUGUUGAAGUGAAACAUGGUGACACAUGGGGCUCUGUCUGUGAUUCUGACUUCUCGCUGGAAGCUGCCAGUGUGCUGUGCAGAGAAUUAGAGUGUGGCACAGUCGUCUCUAUCGUAGGUGGAGCUCAUUUUGGAGAAGGAACAGGACAGAUCUGGGCUGAAGAAUUCCAGUGUGGUGGGCACGAGUCCCAUCUAUCACUCUGCCCAGUAGUACCCCGCCCAGAUGAGACCUGUAGCCACAGUAGAGAUGUUGGUGUAGUCUGCUCAAGAUAUGUAGAAACCCGCUUGGUGGACGGCAAGUCUUCAUGUGAGGGAAGAGUGGAGCUCAAGGUGCUUGGAAUCUGGGGAUCCCUCUGUAACUCUCACUGGGACAUCGAAGAUGCACAUGUCCUAUGCCAGCAACUUAAAUGUGGAGUUGCCCUCUCCACUCCAGGAGGAGCUCCCUUUGGGAAAGGAAAUGGUCAGGUCUGGAGACACAUGUUUCACUGCACUGGGACUGAACAGCACAUGGGAGAUUGCCCUGUAACUGCUCUGGGUACAUUGCUGUGUUCUGAAGGGCAAGUAGCCUCAGUAAUCUGCUCAGGAAACCAGUCCCAGACCUUGAGCCCAUGCAAUUCAUCAUCUUCAGAUCCAAUGAGCUCUAUCAUUCCAGAAGAAAGUUCUGCUGCCUGCAUAGGGAGUGGUCAACUUCGUCUGGUAAAUGGAGGGGGUCGCUGUGCUGGGAGAAUAGAGAUCUAUCAUGAGGGCUCCUGGGGCACCAUUUGUGAUGACAGCUGGGACCUGAGUGAUGCCCACGUGGUGUGCAGACAGCUGGACUGUGGAGUGGCCAUUAAUGCUACUGGAUCUGCUCAUUUUGGUGAAGGAACAGGACCUAUCUUGCUGGAUGAGGUUAACUGCAAUGGAAAAGAAUCCCAUGUCUGGCAGUGCCAUUCACAUGGCUGGGGGCGGCACAAUUGCAGGCAUAAGGAAGAUGCAGGAGUCAUCUGCUCAGAGUUCAUGUCUCUGAGACUAAACAGUGAAACCAGUGGAGAGACCUGUGCAGGACGUCUGGAAGUUUUUUACAAUGGAACCUGGGGCAGUGUUGGCAGGAGUGACAUGUCUGCAACGACCGUGGGAGUAGUAUGCAGACAGCUGGGCUGUGCAGAGAAGGGAAACAUCAACCCUGCAUCUUUAGACAAGACACCAUCCAGACUCAUGUGGGUGGACCACGUUCAGUGCCCAAAAGGACCUGACACACUAUGGCAGUGUCCAUCAUCUCCAUGGAAGCAGAGACUGGGCAGCCCCUCAGAGGAGGCUUGGAUCACAUGUGACAACAAGAUAAGACUUCAGGAAGGUCACACCAGUUGUUCUGGUCGAGUGGAAGUCUGGCACGGAGGUUCCUGGGGGACAGUGUGUGAUGACUCCUGGGAUCUUAAUGAUGCUCAAGUGGUGUGUCAACAGUUAGGCUGUGGAAAAGCCGAGAAGGCACUAAAGGAAGCAGCAUUUGGUCAGGGGACUGGGCCCAUAUGGCUCAACCAAGUGAAGUGUAGAGGGAAUGAAACUUCCUUAUGGGACUGUCCUGCCGGACCAUGGGGGCACACUGACUGCGGGCACAAGGAAGAUGCUGCUGUACAGUGCCAACCAGGAACAUCUUUAAGAUCAGCAAAUGCCACAGGUCACUCAUCCCUUAUUGCAUUGCUGAUCCUCGGGAUCAUUUUAUUGGCCAGUCUCAUCACAUUCCUCGUGUUUACUCUGAGGAGAAGACAGAUCCGGCUAUUUACAGUUUCCACAAGAGGAGAGAAUUUUGUCCACCAAGUGCAAUACCAGGAGAUGAAUUCUAGCCUAGAGGCAGAUGAUCUGGACCAGCUUCAUCCUUCAGGGGGCCAUUCUGAGGCAGACUGAAAACUGGGAAUUUUUAACUCAAUGAGGCUUCAGUUCAGCACUUAAGAUACCUUGAGGAAGACAUGGCUAUUGAAUGGAACAAGAAUCCACCUCAUUCACUGAUGAUGGCCAUUGCAUUUCUAUAGAGUCCUUUGUCUCCUGCCGCAGUCUGGAUGGGCACAAAAUCACCGAGCCACCACAAAGCUUUGUAGAUUCAAACAGCAACUCUUUAUUCCCGAACUCUCACUGACACUCUACCCACACUUCCCAUGAACACCCUGCCUUCACCCCAGAACUCAAUGGGAACUCAAAAGGAGCCACGUCUGAGGCAACAGGAUACGCCCUAAUCCCAGCAGGAUCCACCCUAAGCCUGGAGCCACCCUAUUCCCUGAGCAGGGUCACCUUUCAACCCCAAAUGCCAUGUCAUUCCUACUUGGCUAUGGCUCUCAGCAGUCUCCUAAUGUUCCAAAGACUGCUACUGAAUUUACAAAAAUUAAGCUUGUGAAUUUGAGAACUUUAUAGUGUUUGUAAGGCUUUCAAAUAUAUUAAAUUAAAAAGAAAAUUACUGAUUUAAGUUUGUCUUAACUUAAUUUUUAACUUUGUAAAUAUCUGAUUGUUUUCUGAAGUUUUUAGGAUUUUAUAAAUAUGUCUUCUUAUUUGAUGUCUUAAUUUGCAUAUUUCAAAUUUGAUUUACAUAAUGAUUUUAUUAAAUCCAAACUGAAGUAAGUUCAUUUUUGUUUUAGCUUUCUUUUUUUUUUCUCUAAGAAAGGGCAAGUAAAUGAUAUUGAACAAUCUGUUACUACAUGAUUCACACUAUAAGGAAUGAUUUUCAUUUUUUUUAAACUAUUUCACUGACAUAAAAUUCACAGCCACAAUUGGUAAGUGUAAAAUAUUCAGCAGUUUAGCUCCUUGUUCCUCAGGAAAGUAUUACUAAAGCUAAAAUAUGCAUAAAUAAUGUCUUUCUGCAUAAGUAUAACUAUUAUGAAGUAAGUUAAUAUAUUAUUAAAAUUCUUCUAAUCACAAUAAAUAUUAAAGAGAAUAUAUUUUUAUUUUAAUUGAACACUAAGCUUAUAGUCUACAUACUUGUAGAAUAUAUCUAUAUGCAAUUGAUUUCUUAAAAUUAUUUUUUUAAAUAACAUACAUAUUUAUGAUGUAAAAUAUGAUAUUUUGAAAUACAUAUAUAUUGUGGAAUGGUUAGAUCAAGAUAAUAUGCAUUACCUUACAUAUGGUUUUUGUGGUGAGAACAUUUAAAACCUCCUUUUCUUUGUGAUUUUCUAAACUAAAAUAUAUCAUUGCUAACUGUGGUCACAACAUCACACAAAAGAUCUCUGAACUUAUUUCUCCUGUUUGACAGGAAUUUUGUACCUUUGAACAAUAUCUCCCCAAAACUUCGUUCAACUCUUGGUAAUCACCAUUCUAUUCUAUGAGUUCAACAUUUUUACAUGCUACAUAUAAGUGAGAUUGUGUAUUAUGUGUCUUUCUGUACCAGACAUUUCAUUUAAAAUAAUAUCUCUAUGAUCAACCACAUUGUUGCAAGUGACAGGAUUUCCUUUUGAAAGACUAAAUAGUAUUCCAUUGUGUAUAUAUAUCACAUUGUCUUUAUCCAGUCAUCUGAUGAUGGGCACUCAGAUUAUAUCCAUAUUUAAGCUAUUGUGAAUAAUAUAAUGAACAUGGGUGUGUAUGUAUCUCUUAGACACAAUGAUUUCAAUUUCAUUGAAUAUAUACUAAGAAGUGGGAUUGUGAAAUUAUAUGAUAAUUCUAUAUUUAGUUUUCUGAGGAAUUGCCAUAAAUUUUUCCAUAAUGACUAUUCUAAUUUACAUUCUUCAGAACAAUGAAUAAAGGUUUCCUUUCUCCACA